UCGUGUUGUUCUUCGCGUUCAGAUGUUUCGGAAGUUUUGCUUCGGGUGGCGAAAUACUCUCGAGCGAUCUAACAACUGUUGAAUAUUUCGUGAGAAACGCGCGGAAGUUUUUUGAAGGAUUUGUUUUAAACUUUAGGUUAGUGUGUUAUCGUUGGGUGUAUCAUUUGUGACAGUGAUUUAUUGUGGCAGAGACAAUAAAUUGGUGUUUGUUAGUGCUUCGUAAAAAAUAUACAAGGCAACAACAAUGAAAUUAAACUCAGUUAAGUGGGGCAUUACUGUUUGGUAGAAAUUAUUACUAUCAAAAAUGGACUCAAAUUAUCUAAAAGAAAAGAUAACUCCGGCGCUUAACGGGACGUUCGAAGGUCUCGAUUACGGCCUUUUGAUUCCCGUCAAUCCCACUACUCAUGAAACAACCGAUUACGACCAUUCCAUGCCGUUGCUGGUGCAACUCGCGUGGAGCACGAUUUUUCUCUUUAUGAUCGUCACUGCGACGUGCGGGAAUUGUAUCGUCAUCUGGAUCGUAGUGGCUCAUCGGAGGAUGAGGACGGUGACGAAUUACUUCCUCGUUAACCUUAGUACAGCUGACCUCCUGCUAACCACCUUCAACUGCAUCUUUAACUUCAUUUAUAUGUUACAAAGGAACUGGCCAUUCGGAAACUUAUACUGCACCGUUAGCAACUUUAUUGCCAAUGCCACGGUAGCUGCUAGCGUUUUUACACUUACAGGAAUUUCCUGCGACAGGUACCUGGCAAUAGUAUAUCCGCUUCAACCUAGAAUGUCCAAAACUUCUUCAAUAUUUGCAAUAACUUUUAUUUGGUCGGCUAGUAUGUUACUGGCACUACCUUGCUUGCUGUAUUCCAGAACAGUUACUCACAAUGUAAAAAAUAAACUGCGAACUGGUUGUAUACUUGUGUGGCCAGAUGAGAAACAUUAUGGAUCAACUUAUGAUUUAUGGUAUCAGAUGCUGUUUCUAGUCAUCACAUAUGUUAUUCCCAUGAUUUUGAUGUCAAUUUGUUAUACGAUGAUGGGUUCAGUUCUCUGGGGAUCGAGAUCCAUCGGUGAAAAAACACAAAGGCAAAUCGAGGCAAUAAAAUCGAAGAGGAGGGUAGUCAAAAUGUUCAUUUCGGUGGUAAUGAUUUUUGGCAUCUGCUGGUUACCAUAUCACAUUUAUUUCAUUUACGUGUAUUUUGAUACGAAAAUUCUAUUUAAUAAGUACACCCAACACGUCUACUUGGCAUUUUAUUGGUUCGCCAUGUCCAAUGCGAUGGUGAAUCCGCUGAUUUAUUACUGGAUGAAUGCAAGAUUUAGAAAAUAUUUUAAAGCUGCUAUUUGUAUUGGAAUAAUUUGCAAAAACUACAAAAGAAGUUCUGAUGAAUCACCCCCCUUUGCUGGAAGGCAUUUCAACUCCUACACAAAAUCAGGGGCAAACGGAACAAUUAAAAUUAGAGUCACCAGCCCAAAGGAGAAAGUAAUGGAAUAUCACAACGGAAACCCCCUGCAGGAACACCCGGCAGGAAUGAGCGAGCAGGACGACGAUACAAAAAUGAUGAGAAAUGCGAGAUGGUCGAACAGAGAGAGUGGCAGGUCGCGGAAAAAUAUAAUAACGACCGAUUUGUAAAAUUUCGAUACUCUGAAGAAGAUCUUGUGAUAUUUUUACUAGUCAACUAAACAAAGUUUUUAUAUUCUUUGCUGUUGUGUUAACAAUAAAUUGCCGUCAGUGUU